CAGCUGGGUUCUGGUUUCCUCCUCCUGCUGCUGCUUUCCAGCUACACCCCCUUUUUCCUUAUCUCUCCACAACACAACACAAGAGCCUCUAUUCUCCCUGUGGCCUCUAGCCAUCUCAGUGGCCCAGCUCCGGGCUCAGCUGUGUUUGCUCUCAGGGGCUCACACGAAUGGCAAUCCCAGCUUUGUGCUGGGCACAAAUGACAGUGUCAGGCCUCCCAUCAGCAGGCAAGUGUGUGCCUGCAGCAGAAAGCCACUCAGGAUGGAGGCUUUGUACAUGGGAAGCAAACAGUAAGGACCCCGAAACCUUGACAUUAAAGAAAGGUGAUGGUAGGACGCGAGGAAGCAACAGUGGGACUCAGCCAGCAUCCCACACCCCUCUCUGUGCCUGGCACAGCUCGGCAGAACCCAACACACCAUGUGCCCGGAGUACGGCUCACUUUCAGCGUUUCAAAUUUGCCGGAUGAUAACCUCAGUGUCUGAGUUCACAGCUCUGAUCCCACCCACUUGUGGUCUGACUCAUGUUGCAGUCACCGCGCUGCCUGGAUAUUGGUACACGGAGAGGGAGGGAGGGAAGGAAGAGAGGCGGCAGCCGCUGCUUGCAGCACACACUCCUGCCUUCCCAAACUGAGCCACGCACACCGGGGAAAAGUUGGAGGCAGCGCAGCCACCGAGGGCUCCCACCUGCUCAGGGGCUGUGAGAAAGCAGCAUCUUUCCCAGGUUGUCCUCAGGAGGUGGCAAAACUCUGCCCCUGCUGAGGCACUGCUGACUGCUGUCAUCAACCAAACACACAGAGCACGUGGGACCCCUUGGGACCUGACCCCACGGUCACUCAGAGGAAAGAAGACAGGAGAGGAAAAGGGAGCAGUUGAGACCCAUCCAGCAGCUGCCGUGGGGGAAUCAGCUCCAGCACCAAGACCCCAGAUGGGGCCAACGGGCACAAGCGAGUCAGAGGGCCACAUCUCUCCCUAGACUCUAUCGUUCCCAGCAUACAAGGCUGAACACAUGAAGUGAUGCUGCAGUGUUCUCCAAGGUCACUGUAAGCCCAAGGUAGCUUUGGAAAGGGCUCUAGGGCUGCCUGGUAGAGGCUCAUUCCAAGUAGCUUUGAAGCUGGUGAGAGCAGGGCUUCUCCAUCCAUGCAACUGCAUUAUGGAUCCAUGUUACAAUCAAACAGCCUCUCAAGAAAGGAUGGACUUCCCACUACAGCUGCUGGUCGGGUCCUGCCUCGCCAUCCUCAUCAUGAUCACUCUCUGCGGUAACAUCAUCGUCUGCCUGGCCGUCACCCUUGACCGCCGGCUGCGCAGCUUGACAAACUGCAUCAUCGUCUCCUUAGCCAUCACUGACCUGCUGCUGGGCCUCCUGGUGCUGCCAUUCUCUGCCUUCUACGAACUUGCCAAAGAGUGGCCCUUUGGCAGCACUUUGUGCAACAUCUACACCAGCCUGGAUGUCAUGCUGUGCACGGCUUCCAUCCUCAACCUCUUCAUGAUCAGCCUGGACCGCUACUUUGCUGUAACCACUCCGCUCCGCUACGGCCAGCUGGUCACUUCCUUCCGGGUGGCUGUGGGUCUUAUUGUUAUUUGGACUGUUUCACUGAUGGUCUCCUUCCUACCCAUCCACCUGGGCUGGAACACCAACGGGACAGCAGUGCAAAACACAGCCCCCAACUGCAACAAGGAGUGCAUGCUGGAGGUGAACCCUGUGUAUGGGCUAGUGGACGCCUUGCUCACCUUCUACAUCCCUUUGGUCAUCAUGUGCAUCACCUACUACCAGAUAUUCAAGAUAGCGAGGGAGCAAGCCAAGAGGAUAAAUCACAUAUGGUGCAGCAGCAGCAAUGCUCCCAUGCCGCCCAUGGUGAAGGAGCACAAAGCCACCGUGACAUUGGCAGUGGUGCUGGGAGCGUUCAUUGUGUGCUGGUUCCCCUAUUUCACAGUGUUCACGUACCGAGGGGUAUGGGGGGACAGCAAAGUGAAAGGCACACCCAUGUCCAUUGUCCUCUGGCUAGGCUAUGCCAACUCAGCCCUGAACCCCAUCCUCUACGGGACACUCAACAGGGAUUUUCGGGAGGCAUACCAGCACUUGCUGCGCUGCUGGAGGACUGGGGACCCCAGGAGCUCCUGCCUCCGCCGCCUCCAGAAGGCCCAGUCCAGGACCAGGAACUGCAGACAGGGCCAGGGCAGGCAGGAGGGUAAACCCCUGAAACUGGAAAUGAGGAACGGGAAGGAGACCUUGCUGAUCGACGGAGCCCUCAAGAGCACCGGAGCUUUCCCAUGAGUUGCAGCCAGCCGACUGCCCAAUGACCCACAUCUCCCAGCCUUCAGCUCCUGGCUGCCCUCUUCCAAAAUCCCGUGAGGUUGAAAGGACAACACUCAAUUUUCCUCAGGGAGAACCGCAAUGGCAGAGGCGAGGGCUGCAGGGAUUCCUGCUCUGGCACUUGGCAUUUGCUCCAUCCCUAAACACUGUUGGACAGGCCUUUGCCUGCCCAGGUUUCUUCCCAGGAGGGUGGUGUGUUUGAAGAGCCCUCAGAAGAGCUGCAGAAGAGCCUCCCUGCUGCCCCAUUGGGGCUGUGACACCUCCAUGAUCAAGCCUUGCACCGGCCCACUGUGGUUGCCUGAGAAGCUGGGUCAAGAACCAGCAUGUGGCCUCAGCAGCAGGGCUGGGAUGGGGGUGCCCUCCCCAGGCCCUGGGUCUGGCUGAGAGGGCAUGAGGUGGGGGGAAAAGGGGCUGCAGUCAAGGUCUUGGGGCCACACAGACAAGCCUAGGAUGGAAAAGGGGAGAACAGGUGCUACCCUUCCUGGUGCCUUAUCCAAGGGACACUUCCAUCCCUCAGAGGGGCAGGUGAUGCGGCAGGAGCCUCAGCACAGCAACUGUCAGCAACACUGAGCGCUGGAUGUCCAUGCACAGGGCGUUCAGUCCUGCAGCAUCCAUGCCGGUGCAAGACUGCCUCACACACUGGGGAGGUUUUGGUGUCAUCAGGGCUGUCCCUGUUUCAUACCCCCUGUCCCAGCCCCACUGCAAGGAGAGGCCCUGGAGCCUGCUGAGCCAUGAGGAGAUACUGAGGGUCUGUCCCUAAGCUCUACCCUCCCCAGCAGCCCAACACUGAGAUGGCCAAACCAGGAUGUUUCUGCACUGAGCUGGUGCAGAAGUCAUCAAUGGCAUAAAAAAAAUCCAUUUAACACAGAGGGAAAAAAAGAGAUGAUUGAUUUAUUUGGGUGUGCUCUGUCCUGGGAAUAGUCUCUCUGUCCCCCUAUACCUUGCUCUCCCAUCCCAAUCCCUCCACUGGUACAGACCCCAAACACACACAGCACAAGCCCCCUGGACAUGGGUUGUAACCACCACAGACAAGGUUGGUACCCCCCCAACAAGUCCUUGCCUUGUGAGACCAGCUAGACAAUCCCCCUUUGGUCCCUGCACUGGUGGGAAGAAGGGGACAGCAGGCAGUGACAACCAGGUAGGACAGGAACCAACAAGAAUCCCUUGUUGUGCUGCAGGGCAAGUGUUUUCCUCGUGGAGCGAGUGUGAGCCACAUCACCCCUGGGCACAGCAUCCCUAGUGCACAGUGGGGCACAGCCAAAUCCCUGCUUGCAGGAUCCCCCUGCAAAGGGAGGGUGCUGAGCCCCCAGACCAGAUGGUUUCUUGUAUACAAGGGCUCUACCCUGGCAGAGGGAAUGGGUGAGGGCAGAGCUCAGUCUCAGGUGCCCCUCCAGCUGCUCCGGAACACUCCUGCCCGAACUUCAGGGGUCUCCCGGCGGGUGGGGUGCCUGGAAAGGGCUCCCUGCACGGGGCCAGGCGGGGCUGACUGACACCCGUUCGGGGAGUGACAGGACCCGGAGGAGCAGGGGACACUCGGGGGCGCACUGGGCGGUGCUCCCGCUCUGCCGGGCCCCGCGCCCCCCACUCCGGGUCUGCCGGUGCGCGGGGGCCGGCGCAGCGGCAGCGCGGGCCCGGAGCUCCCCCUGCUUGCUGCCGGGGACAGACCUGCCCGCCCGGCCACCCCACACCACGGGGCUUCACCCACCAACACAGCGGGCUCGGCGCCCCAAACACCCGGGGCUCGGGCAGGGCUCCCCUCCGAGCCGGCACACCGGAUCCCGAUGGGCUCUGCAGUGUCCCCCCCGCCACCCCCAGAGCGACCACAGCAUUAGUUUGAGCAGCCACCACUUGUACUCUCUGGAUUGGGCUCUUCCAGGAGUGGUUGCAAAGAGCAAAUGGCUUCCAAGGAGCACCGAGGGUCGGGGCGGGGGGGGGGGGGGGGGGGGGGAGCGCUGCAGCCCCAGGACCCUCCCAGCCCCCAGUGCUACCCAGUCCACCCCAGUCCAGGUAGUGUUGAGCCCCACCAAAGCACCAUUGAGCAGGGAGAGACCUGCAGCAAAGUGAUGCCCUGGCAGGCAAUGUCUCCUCCCCAGUCCUCCCUCACAUGGCUUAGGGACAGGGAGCUACAAGACCCCCAGGCUGAGCACCCCAAAGUAAAAGGAGAAAUUACCUGAUCAGCACCUUCCUUUGCAAAGAGGCAGGAAAUGAGUCCACACAGACUACUCUUCUCCAAACAAGCCAGAGAGAAGCAGGCCUUGAUCGCCUGUAGCAUCCACACUUUAUUCCAGCUCAGGGAGGAAGAACUGGCAAACACACACCCAAACCCCUGCCACCUAUGAUAACAAUUAGAGACUUAUCUAAUUGCAAAAAUAAUUGCAAUUGAAGUGUUUAAUUACCAUACUAAGCAGGAAGAGCCGCUUCCGACUGUUCCAGUAGCACUCCCAAUCUAUCAAACAAGGUUCAGGGCUUGUUUGGGUGUUGGGCUUUUUUUUUAUUAUUAGAUUGCAGCCCCGGGGGAUGAAGAGAUUUGCUAAUUAGGGUCUUGGAGAACAGCUACCAAUUCACAAACACUUGCUUUUAAUUUCAAUACUAACGAGGCUGGAAGGGGGAGAAAUCCAAAAUACAGAACAUCUGUGGCAGUUGCUGUCUGCAGUGCUGCUGCCCCCCAGCCCCUUGCUGGGCUGGCAGAGAUCCGACACUGCUCAGUGCACGGAGCAUGGGGAUGGGUUGGCUCAGUGCAAGCACAGGCAGGGUGAAGCUGCUGCUCUGGGUCGCUGUUGUCACCGCAGCUGCCAUACAAGCUAAUCUCAACAUCGAUCACCCAUCUAAUCCCCCUGGGGACCAUCGACCACAGUGGCUUUCUUAUUGAUGGGCUAAUCUGGGUCCUGCGGCAGCACCAGCCCCACGGGUGCAGCAGCAGGAGCUUCUCCAGGUGACAUUUGGUUUUGUUCUCCCCUAAACCGACAACAAAAGAGAAUUUAAUUCUCUGUCCAAGCAGUAAUUCUGGGAGGCAAGAGAAACUGCUUAGGAAGCUCCUAACCAACAUCUGCUCUCUCAGAUAGGAGAUAUCCCCGUGUGAGCAGUGGGAGAGCAUACAGGGAUCUGCAGUGCUUGCCUGGACUUCUCCCACCAAACCACCUCCCCUGUCCUUGUGCAGCUCUGGGUAGGGUCCAAAAACACACAGAGAGGAGUCAUGGGGAAGAGGAGUCACAGGCAGGAGGCAGAAGCAGCCGCAGGGCAUCCAGGCGUCCCCUCCCGGAGGAGCACAGCUGAGAAGCGGUGGCUGCCAUGGGCCGGAGGCAAAGGAGCUUUUUAUUUCUUUUAGAUAAAAGAGAAACAUCAGUAGAAUGGGGAAAAAAGAGUGUUGGGUCUUUUUUCAGGCUGUCAUGUGAUUAAACACAGAGGCAACAGAAAGGUAGCAAACAGCCCCAAGCAGUCAAAAAAUGAGAAACUUUGUAUUAGAAAUCUCAAGAUUUGAUUUUCUG